AUGCCACUUCCAUAUCCCAACACAUCCACCACCACCACCACCACCACCACCUCCUCCUCCUCCAACCCCGAAUUCUCCUGGCCGCACUCCAAACCCUUCUGGAUAAUCCUCAUCAUCGCCUCCUGCAUCCUGCUCCUCCACAUUCUCUACAAGCUCCACCAAACCCUCCAGUCCAGAAAGCGACUCCGCGGUCCACAGAACAUCGGACUAGACGGACCAAUGCAAACAGAACAUGGGACGGAUAUGCAAGCGGGGUUGAGUGUGGGAGAGGAACGCAGUGUGCAAAGACCAGCUAGAGCAGUAACGGUGAUGACGAGGAGGGUGAGUGGAGGGAGCGAGGUUUCUGUCUUGCCGCUGUAUGAGCGGUUUGAUGAGGGAGGGGUGUGUGGGGUGGAUACGAGGGUUGAGAAGAGGGGGCGGUAUGUAUAUGUUGUUGGAGAGGGUAUCAAGGCGUCUGAUGCGAGGGGCUGUGGAUUGUGA